CGGCGAUUCUCAAUCAAUUGGGUCUACUGAACGCCCCUGAGCUUUGCUUGAGCUUGAUCAAGUGCGCCAGUGCCACAGGCGCGUUACGGGCGUCUACACAAACAUCCUUUCCUCCUUCGACCAUGUCGGCUUCAACCCCUCCACCGCAGACCACCGGCACCAGUGCCAGCCGCCAUGCACUCAAUGCCGUCGACAAGCAGCGUGCACAGCUGGAGAGGCUGCUCAAAGAUCCGGCCAAGCCCGCCUAUGUCCCCGCGCCGCCGAAGGAGAAGACCAUCCGGCCUGCGCGAGAGAUGAUGAAGAACGUGCAGGGCUCGAGUGCCGGCGCGGGCAGUGGAGAGUUCCAUGUGUACAAGGCUAGCAGACGGAGAGAGUACGAGAGGCUGAAGCUCAUGGACGAGGAGUCGCAGAAGGAGGUAGAAGAGGCCGAGUUUGAGCGCAAGCGGAAGGAGCGCGAGGAGCAAGCACAAGCAAAGACGACCAAGAACAGGGCAAAGAGGCAGAAGAAGAAAGAGCGCGCGAAAGGCAAGGGUACGGAGAAGGAGUCAGCGGCCGCUGGCCCGUCUGCGGACGUGUCAGACGUCCCGUUGAAGAAGCGACGGCUCAUCAGCGGAAAGGAACUCGUCUUCAGGAGGCCAGGCGAGGAAAGCGACGAGGAGGAAGAGGACGUCGGGCCUGUGCCUGCUGAAUCGGCUGCGGACGCUGGGGACGAUCCUGCCAAGGACGCAGCUCACCUACCGGUGGUCGACGCACCGCGGAUCACUAUCCAUGAAGAAGAUCCUCUGUGAUCUGUUUGGCGUCAUUCUUACUGCAGGGUGUCAGUCGAUCUGGCUCCUUGCGGACUCUACAUCCAUAGUACGGGUUGCGCCGCUACUGUAAUCGGGGACUGUUGGAAGGACGCUCGUGCGACAUCAG